CACCCGCCCAGUGCGCCUCAGUACGCCACCAAAGUGCCGUCAGUUGCCGUCGCAAAGCCUUUCGCGACGCAUUCGUCGCGCGUGUCUGACACGAGUGAACCACUCUGAAAAUUAGCCGUGUUCUAUCGUUAAUUGCAUUCGAUCCGGAGCACGAUCAAUAUGGACUCUUUUCAAAUGUAAAUGCUCGGGCAACGUUAUGGAGGGGUUUCUGCAUCACAUGGCGCCCCAGUUUCUGCACCCAGCGUUGCAGAGCUUUGGGUGCGGAGCGUUUCGACCCAUCGGUGGGGCUUUUCACCCGUUAUACCCGGGGAAAGCCUUCGCCAGACAUCUUGGUGAACAGUACGCGCUCAGCCAGAGCGUCGGUCAAGCACUUAGGAGCCUGAGAGAAAUAAAGUUUGAUGUGCAGAGCGUCCGCGACGACAACAACACACCGCCACUAUACCGGCAUGGGUACACGACGCGCGAUGAUACCAGCUCUCCGGGGUCCGCCGCCUCUGCAUCCCCGCGACCUUGCAAAGACGAUGAUCCCCCUGCCGCCGCUACCUGUACCGACUCACACGACUUGUUCUCACCGGACGGCGAGCGCAAGUCGUCAUGCGGCGUAUGUGGCGCCCGACUGGGGCCGGGCGUAGCGCAGGCACACUUCCUGCAAGAGUUGCAACAUCUUUACAGCCUGAGCGCGCUACCCAGAGAUGCCCCCGCGCCCUCUGCGCAUUCGCUGCACCAUCAAGAUGAAGACGCGCGCUGGGAGACGUACCAACGAAUUAGAGCAAACCGACAGCGUCGACUGAAACUGCGCACUCGCAAGCGCCACCACACAGUCGAGAGCAUGCUCGGCUACGACCUAGAGGAGGAGAGGCGCGAAGAGCGGCCACGCGACGUGCGAAGUUACGACAACGAGGACGAGCCAGUCGACGUAGAGGGCGACUCGCUUGGCUGGCCGGAACCCCCCAUAAACGUUGACGAAAAAGAGCAACGCAGCGACAGUGACAAGCUGCAACUGAGCUACGCAGAAGAUCUAGAAAUAUCGAGCACCAACGACGCGAUGCAAUCGCCUGAACGCGUGAGGAUUGAGACUCCUAAGCCGCUGUCGCUAGAGUGCGUCAAGGCGUUGGACCCAGCGGAGCGGCCAGCGGAGGUGUCCACGUCGGAGGCAUGGGGCGGCGUGUCGGCCGGUACAGCUCCACCACCGCCCGACACGUGGCCUGUGCUUGCCGCUGAAGCCUAUUUACACGCCACCCGCCACAAGAUAGACGGCGAGAAUCUACCAUCCUCUACAGACUCACGCAACUAAACAACAUUAAACCUAAUUUGAACUGUCGCAAACAUAAUGUACUAUCAAUUUAAUCGUAUCUAGGUAUUAAGUUUUUAAUUACUAAUCAAAAGAUUUAGGUGAUUUUGGUCGCUACUAUUGUUAAUUGUAAAUAAAUAUUAAAUUUGUUUCUUUCUAGUAUUUAGCCAAUUUACAACUGUAGGGUCGAAUAUUUGGCGUCCUAUCAACUAGGUACCUAAUUGUGUUAUUUUGUCGGUUUGUUAAAGUGGAUGUUAACAUUUGUUGUCUAUUCGAUAUAGCCCUAUGUAGUGGAUAAUUGUCUAUGUACUUUCUUGAACAUUUCUACUAUUUUGCAUCACUUGUAAAAUUUUAUCACUUAUUAUUUAUUAUUAUAUGCUUAUUAUUAUUCUUAGGAUAGAGUGAUUAGUGGUCAAAAUUUUUUUUCGGUCAGUUAAUGCCGUUGAGAUUCAUUUCCAUCUGUCGCUAUUGCAAACGCGGUUGUCGAUGACGAUAACUCAGUCGAAUUUUAAUUUUUUGAAUCUUACGCGGAGACCUUAGCCUUUAUUCUAUUCUGAAAUCUUUGGGUAAGUAUAGGCAAUGGACAUGUUACUAUCUUGCGCAAUCCACGUCACCGUUAGCAACUAUAGUCAGCAGCUUUUUCCGAAAGCAUUAAUCGUCUUGUGUUUCAGCUCCGUUUAACUGAAAUACUAAAUAUCUCAUACUUUGGUUUUGAUAUUUUUUAUUGCCCUGCUAAAUCUUUGUAAGCAUUUUCACAGCUGAUCCGGUUAUUCAACAAAUUGUCUUUUCUCUACAAUUGGGAAUCUCCGUUGUUAGUGAAAUUAAAGAGUCGUAACAAAUGCAACUUUGGACCAUCUCAGCAAUUGCGAUUUUUUUAAUACCUACCUUUUCCGAAAUUGCACUUUUUAUGUGCAUGUGGAUGUUGUUGUGUGCAAUUUUAUCUGACUUCGAUUUCCACGGGACGAUUGACUGUGUCGCCUGAAUCCCGGUGACAGGGCGCGCAUUUCACACUUGUAAGGACAUCACACACAACUAGGCUAUAUAUGGUGACUAAUCGGACCACCCAGCUUACCAAAAAUGUUAUUCCAUAAUAUUUUUGACCUGUACCAGAUAUUUUAGGAGCUUUAGACUCGAGGUUGCUGAAGUCCCUACGUAGUUAUAUAGUUAUCCAAAUUAGUGAUAGUCAUACCGUCACUGUACAAAAAAUACCUAACCAUCGCGACCCAAUGUCGUACGAAAGUUGUUGUUAUCUCUGUGUGAAUGGAAAUUAAGUUAUUAUUAAUGUUAUUGUACUCAUAUUUGUAUAUCAAUUGUAUCAUUAAUAAAUAAGUAUUAGUAUUUAGGUAUGAAAGCAAACAACUACAUACGCACUUGAACCCCUUACAUUAUGUAUGUAAUGUCCAACUAUGCUUAUUAAUUGUAAAAAGCAUUCAGCUUAGAAAGUUACAUAACAAGUAAAAU